CAAACUUCAUGUUGAAGUAAAUUUCAUUUUUGACGUGAAUAGAGUGGGAACUUUGCGAGUAGUACAGGAAUAAAAUAAAAGGCACGGCGUGACGCGCCUUUGACGAAUAAAAUAUUAUAGAAUGGGAAGAUUAAGGAAUAGCGCUGUGCUUGUAAUAAUAUCUUUAUUAAUUGAAACGAAUGGCUUCUAUGUGCCUGGUGUUGCUCCCGUGGAGUUUAAAAAGGGGCAAAAAAUUGAUGUCAAGGCAGUUAAAAUGACCAGUACUCAUACACAACUACCUUAUGAAUAUUAUUCUGUUCCUUUCUGCAGACCAAAGAAUGGUACUCUCAUUUAUAAAUCUGAAAAUUUAGGAGAAGUAUUACGUGGUGAUAGAAUCGUAAAUACACCAUAUGAGGUACUAAUGGCAGAGAAUGUAACCUGCAGACUCUUAUGUCAUGAAUCAUCCACUAGUAUGACAUGGAAUGAAGAAGAAUCACAACGUGUUAUAGAGCGCAUUCAACACGAUUAUACUGUACACUUGUUAAUCGACAAUUUACCAGCAGCAACAAAGAAAAUACAUAAAGAUACACAGAAUGUAAUUGUAUAUCAUGGAUAUCGUCUGGGUGGUAUCAUAAACGAUCAGUUUUACAUCAAUAACUACCUUAAACUAAAAUUAAGCUACCACAAAUAUGGAGAAAAUGAAUUUAGAGUAGUUGGUUUUGAAGUAGAAGCUAGAUCGGUUGAUAUAAGUCAACUGAAGUUUGAAGGAAAUGUGUGUACAUUACCUACGCACGCAAAUCCGCAAUUUGUCAAUCCUAAGGGAACUAAACUGUUGUUCCUAUAUUCUGUGGAAUGGAAACUAUCUGAUGUAAGUUGGGCAAGCAGAUGGGACAUAUAUUUAGGAAUGAGCGACGUUGAAAUUCAUUGGUUUUCAAUCAUCAAUUCUCUUAUUGUAGUCCUUUUCCUUUCUGGAAUUCUAACAAUGAUCAUGGUUCGAACUCUUAGAAGGGAUAUUGCGCGUUACAAUGCUGGUGAAAGUGACAGUCUAGCAGGUUUGGACGAGACGAUCGAAGAGACUGGUUGGAAACUAGUCCAUGGAGAUGUAUUUCGACCUCCACCGAAUCCUCGAUUAUUUGCUGCUGUAAUAGGCAGUGGAAUUCAGAUAUUUUUCAUGACUUUAAUAACGAUAUUCUUUGCGAUGUUGGGCAUGCUGUCCCCUGCUAGCAGAGGUGCGCUUGGAACCUGCGCAAUAUUUCUAUAUGUAUUUUCUGGGUUAAUUGCCGGAUAUUUCUCUGCGCGUCUUUAUAAAACAAUGCGAGGUCGAAAAUGGAGAAGGACAGCAAUAUUAACGGCAACACUCUAUCCUGGAAUAGUGUUUACUACUUGUUUCUUUUUAAAUUUCUUUAUAUGGGGAAAGCAUAGUUCUGGAGCGGUACCAUUUACAACAAUGUUAGCGUUGUUAUGUUUGUGGUUUGGAAUAUCACUUCCUCUCGUAUAUUUAGGAUAUUUCUUUGGAUAUCGUAAACAGCCAUUUACGCAUCCUGUUAGAACGAAUCAAAUUCCGAGACAAGUUCCUGAUCAAUUAUGGUAUAUGAAUCCGGUAUUAUGUACACUAAUGGCUGGAAUUCUUCCUUUUGGAGCUGUAUUCAUAGAAUUGUUUUUCAUUUUAACCGCGUUAUGGGAAAACCAAUUCUACUACCUUUUUGGAUUUUUAUUCCUCGUUUUUUGUAUUCUCGUCAUUUCUUGCUCUCAGAUAUCUAUAGUUAUGGUCUAUUUUCAAUUAUGUGGAGAAGAUUACAGAUGGUGGUGGAGAAGCUUCAUCGUUAGUGGAGGGUCAGCUGUAUAUGUCCUAGCCUACUCCGUAUUCUAUUUCAUGACUAAAUUGGAAAUAUCAGAACUUGUUCCGACACUUCUGUAUUUCGGGUAUACAGCGUUAAUGGUGCUAACCUUUUGGUUAUUAACAGGUACAAUAGGUUUCUUUGCAGCAUAUGCAUUUAUUCGAAAAAUAUAUGCAGCUGUAAAAAUAGAUUAGUCAAAAUUAGCAUUAAAAAUAACAAUACUGAGAAGACAAGUUUCUAAAUUUGUAAUGAAUAUUUAAUUAUUCUUAAAUUAAAUGUAUAAAACCAAAACAGUACAAUAGUUUGCUUUCAGUUUCCAUAAGUUAAUCUAAUUUUGAUUAUAAUCGAGUAAUACAUCUGACAAAUAUUAUUCUAAAAUACUGUAAAUUUGUUUCGACUGUACCAAAGUAUAUAAAACCCUACAUUAAGGAAUGAAUGGAGAUAAAUUAUAAUAGUACACUAUUGUUUAAUAGUUACUAUUUCCAAUUGUUUAUUAGAUUUUUUUUUUAAUACUUCGUUAUUAUCAAAGUACUUAUAAAUUCAUAGAACAGAGUGCUACUCACAUGAUUCAGUAAAGAAUACACCUAUAUAUGUUAAGAAUGUAUAUAUACACACACAACACACAUAUACAUAUAUACAAAUUAUGCGAGUUCCAUUGACUAGAUUAAUAUUACUGUUUGAAACAGUAUCAAAAAAUAUGUAAAAAUAUUCAUAAAUGUGAUAUUAAUCAUAGUCAAUGUCAGUAUUAUAAAUAACAACAUUAGUUCACAUUAUCUUUCGUUUUAUCACAAUAACAUAACAAUGCUUUGCAGAUUAUGUUUGUAAAAGAUUGUUAUUAACACACACACACACACACACGCGCGCGCGCGCAUUGAACGCAUUAUACUGUAAGAUUAAUAAUAUAAAAUUCGUGUAUUUACUUAUAUUUGUAUGAGUCUGAAUGUAAACUUCAUUCCUUAACAUUCUGUCACAUAAAAUAUGUAGUAAUUAUAUAUAAAUUAUUUUUGGCUUGUUUAUAAAUAUCUGCACAGUCAAAGGCAGAGAUAUUAUGUUUAGUACGUAUGUAUGUAGAAAUAUUUUGUUGGACUUCCAAUGUACUACUAGGUAAAAUGUAUAAUAUGUAAGCAACUUUUAUACAUGUUACAAUGAAAAUUUC